AUAAAUUCAAUUUCUGAUACUCAACAAUUUAACUUCAUUCUUCCCUUUCAUUCCUUUCUUCGUUGCAUUGCACAACCCUCACACAACAACAAAACCUUACAUCUCCGCCCUCACCAUCCGUGCCUGUUAUUUUCCAUUAUUGUCCUUCCUCCGUGAGAAAUAAUGGCAAAUGCUGCAUCAGGUUUUGCUGUCAACGAUGACUGCAAGCUAAAGUUUUUGGAGCUCAAGGCAAAAAGGACGUAUAGGUUUAUUAUUUUUAAGAUUGACGAGAAGCAGAAGGCAGUUGUUGUGGAGAAGUUGGGUGAGCCAGCAAACAGUUAUGAAGAUUUCACUGCCAGUCUUCCUGCUGAUGAGUGUCGAUAUGCUGUUUAUGAUUUUGAUUUUGUCACUGAAGAGAACUGUCAGAAAAGCAGAAUUUUCUUCAUUGCAUGGUCCCCUGAUACAUCUAAGGUUAGGAACAAGAUGAUUUAUGCCAGCUCCAAAGAUAGAUUCAAGAGGGAGCUUGAUGGAAUUCAAGUUGAGCUGCAAGCAACUGAUCCUACUGAGAUGGGUCUUGAUGUGUUCAAAAGCCGUGCCAAUUAAAAGAUUGUGAUUAUGCAAAGUAGGAGUUGUGAUGGGGAGCUCCCUUUAACCUUGGUUACUCUUAUGAAAACGUCUAUAGUUUGUGGGAUGGUCAACUUGGCUAAUUAUGGACUCAAUUUUCCAAGUUUUGACAUGAGGUCUAUUGCACCUUCAACAAGCUUCUCUUGUUCCAGUGUCUUGUGUUUUGUGACAUACAAUCCGUGUUUGAAUGUCAUUUUAGUCUUAUGCCUACUAGUUCAUUUUGUAGCUGUUUUUUGUGUGAUUGGACGAAAAUUUGGGAUCUGCUAUUGAUGUAAUAUUGACACUUGCCAUCUUACUAAUCCUUCAUGACUAAAUUAACUGAAAUACUUUCUUGAAGGAUAAAUUGUUAAAAAAAGUUAUUAUGAAAUA